AUGACGGAGUGGACCCUGCUUAAACGACUCCUGGAUGCGGUCCACCAGCACUCCACCAUGAUCGGUCGCCUGUGGCUCACUGUCAUGGUCAUUUUCCGGCUGCUCAUCGUCGCGGUGGCGACUGAGGACGUGUACACUGACGAGCAGGAGAUGUUUGUGUGCAACACGCUGCAACCGGGAUGCUCCACCGUCUGCUACGACGCAUUCGCACCCAUCUCGCAACCUCGCUUCUGGGUAUUCCACAUCAUCAGCGUCUCCACGCCAUCCCUCUGCUUCAUCAUCUACACGUGGCACAACCUGUCCAAGCUGCCUCACAAUAGCACCCAGAGGCAACGGCAAGGACCAGGAGUUAUCCCAGGGCAGGGGGACCCAGAUAUAAGGCAAGGCGGUGGACGGGAGGUGUAUGAACGGAGUUGCGACUCAGAUAGUUGCUCCAUCCGCUCCCAUAAGCAUCUGGGUCACAGCCUGGCGGAUGUGCUGGAGGGCGUCACCGCUCAGACCCUUCUGAGGGGAGACCCCAACAACGUGGUGUCCUUGAGCCAUGGCCGUGGUUGCACCAUCAGGGAGGGGAGUGCAGAUGGUCCCGUGGUCUCUGGAGGGGUUCUGUCUAAAUGUUAUAUCUUCCAUGUUUGCAUACGGGCUGUUCUGGAGGUGGGCUUUGUCCUGGCCCAGUGGAAGCUGUUUGGCUUCAAGGUACCGGUCCAUUUCCUAUGUACCUCCCCCUGCAGCCAGCCGGUGGACUGCUACGUCUCCAGGCCCACGGAGAAGACCAUCUUCUUGCUCUUCAUGUUUUGUGUGGGGAUUUUCUGUAUACUGCUCAACCUGCUGGAGCUCAACCACCUGGGCUGGAAGAAGAUCCGGCAGGUUGUGAGGCUGAGGGAGAGGGCGUCCUGGAGAGGUUGUCCAGGUAUGAGGGGGGGGUAUGAAACCUUCCCUCCAGACAGCCCCUCUCUCACAUCCUCUUUAGGCUACAGGGGCGUGACCAGCACCACUUCCCUGCCAACUUUGGACCUGGUGGUGGGUCACCAGCCCGACUGGACCUGUGCUGUGAACUGUGGCAGGAUGAGGGAUCCUGAGGAGGUCAGAGAGACUGGACCAGAGCAACCAAAGACACAGGACUCCCAUAAAGGAGAGAGGCAGCCUUUGAAGAGCAAGAGAGCGAUCAGAGAGUCUAAACAGAAAAGUGCUGAGGUCUGGAUAUAG